UUAAAUCACAUUCCUCUAAACAAUUUACAGUCGUCUUCAAGAGACCGAUGAUUUUUAGGUACACCGCCUAUUGAAGAAAAACACCUCUUCAUAAUGUUGUCUAUGGCUCCAUCUUGUGGUUUAAUGCAUACUUGUCAUUAAAGCUGUGUCAGUGAGUGAACACUUCUUGUGCUUGUGGCCAUUCAGCAUGUUCUUUCUUUCUUCUCAAUUUUUUAUCUCUCCUCUCCAUAAUGUAUUUCACUUUUGCGCGUGAAAAAAUAUCCCUGAAUACCUGCUCCAAUCCCCUCUUUCCCACAAAGUGUGGGUUAAAUCCGCAUCUUCUGUGAUUUGUCAUCUGAGUCUUUCCGAUGACAUUUCACUCUUUGGUGCUGUCUGGUUCUCCGAUUGGAUCGAAAUGAAAGAGACUCCACUGGUUAAACUUUGACCACAGCACAAUCACCUGGCAGGCAGAGAGAGGAAGAUACAGAUUGAGCACAUUAAAACUGAUCCGCCUUAAGUAAUGUGGCAUCUAUAAGGAUCUCCAGUUUGUGUCCUGAAACUUUUCUCAAAAGUUCCCUUUUGGACUAGAACUAGGUUUAAUCCAUGUCUUGGAAACUGGCUGUGAAUGUCAAACAUUCUGCAUUGUCAAAAAUCCAAACUUUAGACUUGUGGCCUCAUGUGGUUUUACUGCUCAAAUAUUGUGUGCAGGUUACGACGCUGAUUGUGUGUGUUUCACACUUUGUGCCCAUGGCCACCAUCUAUUUCUGUGGUUCCAGUUAUGUGUGACUGUCUUUAGGAAUGAGCCUGACUAUAUUACACCCUGGUCCCUCCCCCAGAAGCUGUGCUAAAGUAACAGCUGAUGUCAGUCCUGCUUAAAGACAUGCACACACAUACACACCCGCAUUACAACCUGUCUACCAUUAGGCAGUACCGUCAAAGACACAGCAGAGAGCCAGCCAAAGGGGAGGAGGGUUCCUACAUCUUCCUCUGCCCACGACACAUCAGCACUUGGCAGAGAGGAGGCUCCAUACCACGCUCACAAAUCCACAAUAUCAACCUUUAAUCCCAAGUUACAGCAGACAGAAAAGGGGAGGGCAGUUAUCUAAGGCUCUCAGCACCCUCAUGUACCUUCUUGGAUCAUGGAGCUGCACUGUCUUCCUACCGAGACCCCCACCACAGCCAGCUCCUGCUCCACGGACCCCCUGUACGACAACUGCCCACCUUUUGCCCAGCGAGAGAGGGGCAGGGAAAAGGAAAUGGAAAGUAGGGUUGUCUGCCCUGCCGUAACCAGACUCCCAGGCUCCUGCAGCCCUCUGCCUGGUCUGGCCCCAGCUGUAGCUGAGGUUCAGGCAGUGGUCGGCGGGGGAAGAGGGCCUGGCGCCUGGCCAGGUCACAGCUACUGCAGCUGUAGAGGAGGCCUGGGAAGACUGGCCUGGGAAGCAGAGCUGGGCCCAGGCAUGAACAGGGCAAGAGGAGGAGAGAGAGGAGGAGAACAGGGAUGUAGCUGGGGAGCAGAGGACAGAACUCAGCUGAGCCAGAAUCCUAGCCGAUCAGAGAGCGAGGAGCACCGGAGCGCUCUGUCUCUGUACGAUAACCUCCCUGACACUGUAACAGACAGCCUCCAGGAAGCCUCUGACAUGGAAACAAGCCUACAGGAACACUUGCAGGAGCAGAUGUACCAAGCAUGGACCCCUGAGCAGAUCCAGGGACUGAUGGAAGGCGACGAUGUGAGUGAGGAGAGGAGCCCCUGGUCCUCUUGUGAGAUCGUCCUCGCUAAAAGUUGUUCUAGUAACCAGGACCAAGACAAGGAGCAGGAGCCAGAGCUGGACUCAGGUUCCUGUGGAUUUUUGCAGGGGGAACUGAUGCUGCACCCCCAGACCCCGAUGUCACCUCCAGAACAUCUUACAGCGAAUUCCCCUCAGCUGUGCCACAGUAAACCUGCUCUGGGUGCUGAAGCCCCAAAGCAGCCAUCAUGGUCUCCCAGGGUGCCCCCUCCAGUACCCCUGGCUGACCCCUCAGCCAGCGCUCUUCGAAGCCUCCUCACGAGCCUCCAGCAGCAGAUAGUCAGACAGAGGGAGGAAUACGAGGCUCGGAUAAUCAGCCUAGAGCAGAGAAAUGAGGAGCUGCAGGUGGAGGUCGUUCGCUUGAAAACAAACCUCACACAGCAGCGGCAUUGGUACCAGGCUGUCCAGAUUAAGAUUGCGGAGUCUGAAAAGGCCCGAUCUGCUGCAGAACUACACAAUGCCACACUGCAGAGGGAGAUGGAGCAGUUCUUUGACACCUUUGGAGAGCUCAACAACGAGGCAAAGAAGACGGAAUACAUCGUCAAGAGCUUCUGAGAAAAGAUUACGUGUACGGUGUUUGAUGGCAUGAACAGUGUGUGUGCAAAGGCCAGGAAAUGAAGGCAAAAGACGAGCUGGUCUUUAAGCUCUAGCUAAGAUCUUUUUACAGUAAUGUGUCACUAUGUAGAACAUUUCCUACCCGAGUUGGGAAGAUUUAAGCGAUGUUCAGUUGUUUCCUCAUGGAGAAUCUGAGAAUUACAAAAACAUCAAUGAAAGAAAAAAAAAAUCACUGAUGUCCACUUUAUUAGUUGAGUAUGGGCAAAAGAUGUUGGCCAAGUGAUAAUAUGGUGGUCAUUGCAAUCACAUACGACAUCUCUGGAAAUAAAAGCAGGAACAAACUGUGAGAUGUACAGUGUAUACAAUGGCGUCCUUUUCUGCUAAGAUUUUAGAGACCGAGUUGGCCACUUCUUGGGUAAUUUAAGGCAUGACUGAAAGAAUAAGGUCAUGGUUGUGUACAACACGGUGCAUAAGUCCUCAGUGACUUCGUAGUGUCAUAUUUCUGCAUGUCCAUCACACUGUGCAAUCAGUUAUGCAAAAAGCAGCACUGCAGUCCAUUUCCAAGGUUCAUCUUUAAAGUUUCAAGGUCCAGAUUCUGACUCAGGACUCCAGAGUCUCCAAAGUCUCAUUCGCAUCUUAAACCACGUCUGCUUUUUGUUGCUUGGCAAACUUUCUCCAAAGACUUUUCCUUUACAGUCGGGGUGACUGACGUCUUUCAGGAUGAUUCAAAGGAGAUAAUAAGGAAGUGUGCUGCACAGUACAUUUUGGUAACACAUACACACA